AUGGGAGAUUUGACCCAUCUGGUUGCUGUCAAUGUGCUUAUGAUGGGUGGCGCUAACCUCUGCUGCAUGUGGGCUGGGCUUGCGAAGAGUUUUGGAAGCCUGCUGGCUGCCCGUAUCUUCAUGGGUAUAGCAGUGGCACCAGCGGACACAGUUGCUCCGAAUGUGAUCGGAGAAAUAUUUUUCACCCACCAGCGUGGUCGAGCCAUGGGAUGCUACACGGUUUGCAUCUGCUUAGGACCGAUUAUCGGGGGUAUGUCUGGCGGAUAUAUUGCUGGUACGAAGGGACUCGCGUGGAUACAUUGGGUAAAUGUGAUCUUGGCUGCCAUCUUACUGGUUGCCUGUGCUACGCUUGUACCUGAAACCUUGUUCCAAAGAUUUCAGACGACACCUUCCAGCCAAAACGAAGACUUGAUUAAGAGUGAAGGAGAGCUGGACGAUGAGACUGUCGAGAAUGUUGCCUCGACCUCAAUCAACGACAAUCUAAAUCAGCAGACUAUUUACGGCUCUAUGCUAAAGUUGCGUAAGUACGAAGGGAACUUUGUUCAGAAGUUUCUGGCUCCGUGGAAAACACUUCGUCUUCCUGGUGUCUGGAUGGUCAUGUUCUGGUACGCCGGUCUCGUUGGCGGCGUUGUGACUAUCACCACUGUUGGGCCGUCUUUAAUAGCAGCACCGCCAUAUCUUUGGGGGAACAAUUCCGGCCUAAUCAUGACUGGCGGAAUAAUUGGUGCCAUUCUCGGAUUCGUUGCAACAAAUUUGAGUGCCGACCGUGUUAUUGUGACUGGAAGCAAAUUGCAGGGAAAUUCAUUCGUCGAACCGGAAGAUCGCUUGCCGAUAGCAAUCCCAGGCUUAUUUCUCGCAACUACAGGACUUUGGACAUUUGGCUUCUGUGCGCAGAACCUUGGCCCAGAGCAUAUGUGGAUAGGGAUGCAAUUUGGGAUUGGUAUGCUUUGCUUUGGCUUGAUGCAAGCACCUUCAAUUGGAUUCAAUUAUGUAAGUGCCUUAAACCAUGAGUGA